UUUGGUUGUGUGGAGUAUUCGAGAGGGGAGCAAGGGCGGCUACGUGUGUGUACAAUGCCGAAUAAAACGAAAAAAGACAAGGAGUCCCCUAAGUCUGGUAAAGUUGGCAAGAGUGGAGGGCAGGAGAAUUCAGAGCAUGAGCAGGGCUCUAACAGGAAGACUAGCAACAGUGUUCCUCCUACCACUCAGCUGCUAAAGGGGAAGCAGCCAGGUUCCCAGACACCUGUCAAAAAGGACAAGAGGCAGAGCUCCUCUCGCUUCAGCUUGAGCAACAACAGGGAGCUGCAGAAACUGCCUGCCUUCAAAGAUGUUCCCCCUGCAGAGCAGGAGAAGCUCUUCAUCCAGAAGUUGCGGCAGUGCUGCGUACUCUUCGAUUUUGUGUCGGACCCACUGAGCGACCUGAAAUGGAAGGAGGUGAAACGGGCGGCGCUGAGCGAGAUGGUGGAGUACAUUACCCACAACAGGAAUGUCAUCACCGAACCCAUCUACCCAGAGGUGGUUCACAUGUUUGCUGUGAAUAUGUUUAGGGCGUUGCCGCCAUCAUCAAACCCCACGGGUGCUGAGUUUGACCCAGAGGAAGAUGAGCCCACGCUAGAGGCUGCAUGGCCACAUCUACAGCUCGUCUAUGAAUUCUUCCUACGGUUCUUAGAGUCGCCUGACUUUCAACCAAACGUAGCCAAAAAGUAUAUUGACCAGAAGUUUGUAAUGCAGCUCCUAGAACUGUUCGACAGUGAAGACCCAAGGGAAAGAGAUUUUUUAAAGACUACUCUGCAUCGCAUAUAUGGCAAGUUCCUGGGCCUGCGAGCAUACAUUAGGAAACAGAUUAACAACAUAUUUUAUAGGUUCAUUUAUGAGACUGAACAUCAUAAUGGAAUAGCUGAAUUACUGGAAAUAUUAGGCAGUAUAAUCAAUGGAUUUGCAUUACCAUUGAAAGAAGAGCACAAGAUUUUCCUGCUGAAAGUUCUGCUGCCUUUACACAAAGUCAAAUCUCUUAGCGUUUAUCACCCACAGCUGGCCUACUGUGUGGUACAGUUCUUAGAGAAGGAUAGCACCCUCACAGAACCGACGGUGAUGGCUUUGUUAAAGUACUGGCCAAAGACCCACAGUCCAAAAGAAGUUAUGUUUCUCAAUGAACUGGAGGAGAUCCUGGACGUCAUUGAGCCUUCAGAGUUCGUCAAAGUUAUGGAGCCCCUCUUCAGACAGCUGGCCAAAUGCGUGUCCAGCCCACACUUUCAGGUGGCAGAGCGAGCUCUGUACUACUGGAACAAUGAGUACAUCAUGAGUCUGAUCAGUGACAACGCUGCUAAGAUCCUGCCCAUCAUGUUCCCAGCCCUCUACCGCAACUCCAAGACCCACUGGAACAAGACGAUCCACGGAUUGAUCUACAACGCUCUGAAGCUCUUUAUGGAGAUGAACCAGAAGCUGUUUGAUGACUGCACCCAACAGUUCAGGGCAGAGAAAAGCAAAGAGAAAGCCAAAUGGAAAGAGAGAGAAGAGGCAUGGAUCAAGAUUGAGAAUCUAGCAAAGUCAAACCCGCAGUUUCUGGUGUACGUCGACUCGAUAGGCUCAGGCAGUCCGAUGGACAUGGAGACGGACGGGCCACUGCUAGAAGACGUCAACUUGCUAAAGAAAACAGUAGAGGAGGAGGCCACACAGAUCGAGAGAAAUCAGCGUAGAGAGCGCCCAUUGAUGCGGAGGAAAUCGGAGCUCCCCAAGGACAUCUCCACUGUCACAGCUCUGGAGUUGCACCGGAGAGCCGAGGAAAUUAUGACAACGCACGACGGUCACUAAGAGACCACCC